AUGCCGACCGCUCGAUACUUCGCUCAAGCUCCCCCCUUUCCGGCUAAUACACCGAUCAUUAACCUUCCCAUUCUCACAUUUUCUCAACUACAGUCUGGCAACCCAAUCGAAGCAGAGAAAUUAUUUGCCGCCUGCCGCGAAUGGGGGUUCUUCCUUCUCGACCUACACGACUCCGCAGACGGCAGGACUCUCCUUCACGAUGCAGAAUCUAUGUUCGAUCUCAAUACCGAACUCUUCUCGCUCGACCAGUCAACACUCGACCAAUACGCCUACAACGCGCCCAAAGACUUAACAGGCUAUAAACGGAUGGGCGCACUAAGAACCGACGACGGCAAGCUCGAUCACAUGCACCUCUACUCCAUAAACCAGGACGAUAUCCUGGGUAACCGUCCUCCCCGCACCAACGCGCCCCCGAUCGAGGCGCAUAGACCCCAGAUCCAGGCGUUCAUCCGCCACGCUUCGUCGGCCUUGGAUGUAAUUCUUACAACAUUGGACAAGCAGCUUGGCCUCGAGCGCGAUACCCUAAGCGAACUCAGUCCACUGGAUCAUGAGUCCGAGACUUCUGUCCGCUUGCUAUGCAGUCCUCCCCACACAUCCGGUGAUGCGGAACACGAGCGCAUCUCGUUAGGCGGACACACGGAUAUCGGCACAUUGACGCUGCUAUUCCACGUUAUUGGUGGUCUGCAAAUCGUCCCCGCGGGGCUCGAGAAUAACAUGGAGAAUUGGCGUUUUGUUCAGCCCCUGCCAGGUUGUGCGUUGGUCAAUAUGGGAAUACGCUGGUUGAAUGGACUGGUCAGCUACUGCGGAGUUCCUUGCAUAGGGUUUUAG